CUUUUGACUGUGAUUGGCCAUUUCCCAGGUUGUAAUAAGCCAGGCACACUCCAAGCAAGACUGAUAAGAUAAAGUGUGUCGGGAGGGGGCACACUCUUUGUAUUGAUCAGCAUUGUCUAUAGUUGCUAUAUAUAAGGCUGUGAGGCAGUCGUGUGCCUGUUGCACUUCUUCCACACACCUUAGCUCUCUUUAGAAGCAACUGCUUACUGGAGCCACAGAGGACCAGGACAGGGAAGGCUUCACUUCUGCUGCUGUCUGCAACUUUUCUUCUAUCCUGUUUAUCCCACAGACUUCUUGGAAAUCCACAGACUGGCAAUAUAGGAUGUCUCCUAAAACCGAAAGCAUCCAACGUAGAAGCGAAAGAGAGCUUUACUAUGAUAUCGGUGAGGAUGAGGACCCUUCCUGUUCUUUGCCAUGUUCUCCUGCCCCUUCAGCUGGCAGUGAAGGCUGCCCACUGGGAGAAGGUUUUUCCUUUGUUAAUUCCAGGGAGCCCCCCUGCAAAAAGCAAAAGGGGAAAAGAACCAGAUUCCAGGCCAAGAGUAAUCUGACAGUUGUCAAACAGAAGAAGAAUCGCAGAGUCAAGGCUAAUGACAGAGAAAGAAACCGCAUGCACAACCUAAACUCAGCCUUGGAUGCGCUGAGGAAUGUUUUGCCAGCCUUCCCCGAUGAUGCCAAGCUGACCAAGAUUGAAACGCUGAGAUUUGCUUAUAAUUAUAUCUGGGCUUUAUCUGAGACUCUGCGCAUUCCUGAUCAUGGCAUCUUUAACCUAGGACACCAGGACAUGAGAGAAACAUUAGACAAGUUACCCAAAUCUUGCUUUAUGGUGGACCUGACAAGCCCUAACAGCAACUGCAGUUCCACCAGUGACUGGGAGUCUCUCUAUUCCCCAUUGUCUCAGAAUGACAAUCACAGUUCCACACACUUCAUGGAUGAUUUUAUCUCCCAGGCUCUGCCUUGUGCAAGACACUCUGCUUCCUUUUCAGGGUUUUUAUAAUGAGUGUCACUGUCCCUCCUUUUUCCCCUUCCACUUUUCUCAUUUUCUAGCCCAGAGCAGAGAUCAAUGAACUGGGCUCACUCUGCAAUAUCUUGUGCUUUAUACCUUUGUGUAAUAGUCAACAAGAAAUGUUUUUGUAUGCCUUUUCACUGUAAUUCUUUAUUUCCUAUAUGUUGUCCUUUGAAUCUUAUCCUCUCUUGACAUAAGUUAAACAGAUAAGAUGAUUUCUUGCACUUUUUCUAUAACUCCACAUAAAUGACAAUGCAGCUCUUAUAAUUAAAACACUUAUUUUCUUAAUUAUUGUAAAAAAAUCAUAUUGAUAAUAGUAUGCUCUGCAAUAGGCUGUUUUUCAAGCUACCCGCCAUGUUUUAAAUUAUAUAUCUUUUUCUAAUCUGUGUAUUUAUUGAUUGCAUUGAUUCGUCCAAAUAUAUAAAUAUUGUAAAGAAAUAUUUUACUUGAAGUUGAAUUACUGUACAGUACUGUAUUAUUGCAAUAAACUAUUCUUAAAAUA